AUGUCGCGGUCUUUUCGCCGCGGCCUCCUGGCGGCGGCAGCUGUCUGGGCGGCAUCGGCGGCCGCUGGCAGCGAAUGGAAUCAGGAGCACGACAAUGACAACCAGUGGCUCGCCUCGACCGUCGUUGUCACGAGCACCGUCAUGGUUGACUUGAACGACAUCAACGAGAAGUGCCUCCGAGGAGAAUUUGUCUGCGGUCCCACCCCGCCACCUACUGCCGACCCGGAGCACCACUGUCCCGAGUGUGAGAAAUGGCAUGAGGAUCCCAAGGAUCCUAAGGCUGCUUGGGAUUCUGUAGACAUAUACCACGGGCUGUGGGGAGGUUGCUCUGGUGAUCAUCACUGUCCAAAUACGUGCAGCUGUAGCUCCAACGCCAUCUGCGAACACUCCUCUGAUGCUGAAGGGCCCGAGUGCAAGAGUAGCACGGAAUGCUCGCCGGGUUACAUGUGCAAUUCUUACGGCUACUGUCAGCCUCAACCUGGCCCUCGAUGUCACGAGAAGGCUUGUGUAGUCGAUGAUGGACCUGAGUGUACUACGAACAAGGACUGCUCCCACGGUGAGGUUUGCAAUCAUCACGGUUUCUGUCAAAAGGUUGUUUUCCCCGACUGUGAGAAGAACUGGGACUGCAAGCACGGCCAAAUCUGCACCAACAGAGGCAUUUGCAAGACAGUCGACGAACCACAGUGCACUUGCGAUUCGGACUGCAAGGAUGGACAAAUCUGCAACUCACAGAGAGUCUGCCAAGACGUCGAGUGCCCCAAGUGCCAGUGGGAGAAGGAGUGCCACGAGGGCGAAUCCUGCAACGACAGCUUCUGCAAGCCCAAGGAAAACAAGUGCAAGGACAAGGACGACUGCGAAGACGAUGAAGUCUGUGACUGGGAAGGCAAGUGCCGCCGAGGCAAGCAAUUCCGAUGCAGAGUCGACUCGGAGUGCAAGUUUGGACAUAUUUGUGAUAUUCAUGGUAGUUGCCAGAAGCGCCCGGUUGGUCACAUUUGCAGUUCAGACCGCGACUGCAAGACAGACGAUUUUUGCAAUGCAUUUGGAUACUGCGAAAACAAACCCGAGGAAAGGUGCGAAUCGGACAACACGUGUCUUCCUGGAGAGAUUUGCUCAAGUGGCAGGUGUCUUCCCAAGAUUGGCUGCUCGAGGGACAGAGACUGUCGUCACGGUGAAACCUGUGAGAACAGCUUUUGUGUUUUCAGGAGGUUCUGUGCCAUCGAUUCGGACUGCAAUGGCCUCCUCAACGAAGUUUGCAGGGACCACCAGUGCGAGCAGGAGAGGGUUUGCACAUUCAAUGUCGAUUGUGACCGAGGAGAAAUUUGCGUGCCGAGGACUCAGCGCCUGACGGCCUUGGUCGCGAGAGCAAACGAGGUUCGACAGGUACAGGAUGGUGUAUGCGUCAGGCCCGAAUGCAAUGUCAACGGAGACUGCACAAGGCGUGGUGAAUUCUGCAGGGACCACCAGUGUGUUGAGGAAGAAUGCACAAUCGACAGAGACUGUGACGAUGGUACACAGACCUGCAGAGACGGCCAAUGUUUGACAAGGUGUUUAAACCAAGCGGGCUGCAACAAUAACGAAACUUGCGAACUUGGUGUAUGUAUCAGGAGGAGGUUUUGCCUCAACGCUGCAAGAGACUGCGAGCUAGGUCAAAUUUGCCUAGACAACUAUUGCGAGGACCCUCAGGAAGAAUGCACAAUCGACAGAGACUGUAACGAUGCCACGUUGGCCUGCAGAGACGGCCAAUGUUUGACAAGGUGUAUAAACCAGCUGGGCUGCGACAAUAACGAGACUUGUGAACUUGGGGUGUGCAUCAGAAGGAGGUUUUGCGUUAACGCCGCAAGAGACUGCAACCUGGGCGAACUUUGCUUAGAUGGCUACUGCCAGGAGGAUGAAUGCACAGUUGAUGGAGACUGUAACGUUCUCACGCAGGCCUGCAGAGAUCACCAAUGUUUGACAAGGUGUAUAAACGAGCUGGGCUGCAACAAUAACGAGGAUUGUGAACUUGGGGUGUGCAUCAGGAGGAGGUUGUGCGUUAACGCCGCAAGAGACUGCAACCUGGGCGAACUUUGCUUAGAUGGCUACUGCCAGGAGGAUGAAUGCACAGUUGAUGGAGACUGUAACGUUCUCACGCAGGCCUGCAGAGAUCACCAAUGUCUGACCAGGUGUGACGACCAAACGGAUUGUAACAUCCUUACCGAAACUUGCGAACUUGGGUUGUGCCUUAGGAAAAGGUUUUGCGCCAACGCCGCAAGAGACUGCAACCUGGGCGAAAUUUGCGAAGACGGCUACUGCCAGGACCCUCUUUCGAAUCCAGAAUGCACAGUUGAUGCAGAUUGCGGCGAUGCCACGUUGGCCUGCGUAGACAGCCAAUGUUUAACCAGGUGUGACGACCAAACGGAUUGCAACAACAAUGAAACUUGCAAUGGUACGGUCUGCAUCAGGAGGAGGUUUUGCGUCAACACCGCAACCGACUGCGGGCUAGGUGAAAUUUGCUUAAACAACUUUUGUCAGGCACCUAACACCUGCGGCGCCACCACAUGCGAGCCCGACGAGAGAUGCAUUAACGACAGGUGUGUGGGGAGGUGCGGCGGCGUUUUCUGCACAGGAGACGACAUCUGCGUCAACGAUACGUGCGUAAGGAACCGCACGUGUGGUUUGACGGCUUGCGAUGCCGAUGAGAUAUGUGUCAACAAUAGGUGUCUGCAGACGUGCGGUGCUACUGUCUGUGACGAUUCAGAGCUUUGCGUUGGUCUUGAAUGCCAGCCAAGAUGUGGCUUGACAGUUUGCCAGAACAAUGAGGUCUGCGUGGGCAACACGUGCCAGGCAACGUGCGGCAAUGACGUCUGUCUGCCCACCGAGACUUGUGUAGCCAACCAGUGUAACGAGAACUGCGGACUUGUUGUUUGCGGACCUGAUGAGACAUGCAACGACCUCCUCCAAUGUGUUCUGAAGCCCCUGUGCGGUCUCGUUGUCUGCGAGAAUGACGAACUUUGCGAGGACGGCACAUGUCAGCCAAGGUGUGGCGAUAUCGUCUGCCAGGCCGAUGAGGUUUGCAAUAACACAAGAUGUCUACAGAGAUGCGGACUCAUCACCUGUGGGGAUAAUGAGGUUUGCAACAACGACGACACCUGUGGUUUAACAACUUGCGAUGCCGACGAGACCUGCGUCAAUGACACGUGUUUGGCGAACUGUGGAUUGAACCCUCCUUGUGAUAUUGAUGAGCUUUGCGUUGAUAAUACCGCGUGCCAAGCGAUAUGCGGUCUCACGACAUGUGCCGUCGGCGAAUCGUGUCAGCUGGGUGCGUGUGUCAGGACAUGCGAUGUCGACACUCCUUGCGACGAUGGCCUAGUCUGCAGCGCCGAUGGCACCUGUGAGCAGGGUUGCGACGACUCCACCGAUUGCGCAGGUGGCCUUGUUUGCUUGGAUAUCUUGGGUAUCACCUUGCAAUAUUGCGGUCCUUGCACUAGUAACCUGCAGUGUACAGGCACAGACAGGUGCAUCGCCGGACUAUGCCAACAAGGAUCAGUCUGCUCUCUGGGUUUCCAAUGGGCGUAUUACAAGCUCGCUCGAUCACCCAGCGACCUCACCACAUUGCCGGGGACGAUUCCCUUCCACGACGACGACCCCACGACGGAUGAGAACUGGCCGCUUUUGCAAUUCCAGCCACGAAUUGCCCUUACCGCCCAGGCACCCACGGUCACUGGUCUGACGCAGACUCUGGGUAUUGACGAGACUUGCCCCCCCGAGGACGCUAUCGUCUAUGGCAUCGACACUGGAAAUAGCAUUGAUUACAGUAUCAUCCAGCACAUCGGAUACUUCGUUCCUGCGCAGGCAGGAAUAUACACUUUCAGUGCCAAUGCCCCUGUUCCCGACCAGAGUCUCUACGUUUGGUUCGGCGACAUUGCUCGGCUAACCUGGAUCAACGCCAACGCAGACCUUAUCGCUGAUGGAGACUGGACCGUCGGAACCAACACCUACCUGAGGGUCGUUGCUCCGGCAGAUGUCGGCACAUAUAUCCCCAUCCGCAUCCUGUUUGUCAACCCUCAGGAUUGCGGUGAGUUCGAGCUCACUGUCCAGGACCCUCUAGGAAAUGUCAUUGUCUCGCGCGAGGAGCAGACCACGGAUGGAGAGUUCGUGAGCAACUGCCCCGCGGCGAACGACAUCCUAACAUUGGAUUUUGCUCCCCUCAUCGACAUUGGACUUGGCCUUGACGGCCUUGUUGCUAACCUCACUGGCGGAUUGACUGGAGGUCUUACCAAUCUCACUGGCGGCCUCACCAACCUCACUGGCGGCCUUACCAACCUCACUGGUGGCCUUACCAACCUCACUGGUGGCCUUGGUGGUAUCAACCUCACUGGCGAUGCGAACCUUGGUGGCGGCGGUGGCAUCAACGUCACAGCAGGGGCGGAUCUUGGUGGUCUUGGUAAUCUCACUGGCGAUGUGAACGUUGGCGGCGGUGGCAUCAACGUCACAACAGGGGCGGGUCUUGGUGGCCUUGGUACCAAUCUGACUGGCGGAUUGCUUGGCGGCCUUACCAAUCUGACUGGCGGCCUUCUUACCAACCUCACUGGCGGAUUGACCGGAGGUGGCAGUUCUUGA